GCAUGCUAAGAAUACCAAAGAAUUGAUUCAACACUGAUUCAGAUAAAUAGAAUAAUUAAUUGUGAGAACUCUCUACUUUAAUCUUUCAAUAUAUGCCACCAAAGUUAUUUGAAUAUUAAUUUUUAAUCAAACUUUUGUUAAAAUGACUAAAUUAGUCGUUUCUGAAUUAGAUUCAUAUAGAAGGACAAAGCGAAUUUUAAGUUUAUAGAUAUGAAAACUCCAUACUUUCACCAAACCCUUAUCACUUUCCGGUCCUCACCUACCCCCAACAUACACCAGCCCACUCACCCACACACGAAGCCACCCCGUUAAAUCUAACGCCGUUUAGCAUUACCAGCGUUCACCAACUCCCUCGCACCUAACGCCGUUCUCUUUUUGCCGUUGGUCUCAAAUCUCAAACCAACCAACCUCUCUUCCCUCUUAUAAAAUCGUCUCUCUCACCUCCCUUUCUUCCUCAGCAGCUUCUCCUGCUUUUCAUUCAUUCGCCGGAAAAACCAAUCACUGUUGAUAUAAUAUUAACAAAAAAUCGAAAAAUCGAGAGUUGAAGUGUAUAAUGGACCUCCUUCUGUUGGAGAAGUCUCUAAUCGCCGUCUUCGCGGCGGUGGUUCUCGCCACCGUGAUUUCUAAGCUCCGCGGCAAAAAAUUGAAGCUACCUCCAGGUCCUAUGCCGAUUCCGGUGUUCGGAAACUGGCUCCAGGUCGGAGAUGAUCUCAACCACCGUAACCUCGUCGAUUACGCCAAGAAAUUCGGAGACCUCUUCCUCCUCCGGAUGGGUCAGCGAAACCUAGUGGUCGUCUCCUCGCCGAAUCUGACCAAGGAAGUGCUCCACACGCAGGGCGUAGAGUUCGGAUCUCGAACGAGGAACGUCGUCUUCGACAUUUUCACCGGGAAAGGACAGGAUAUGGUGUUCACGGUGUACGGCGAGCACUGGAGGAAGAUGCGGCGGAUCAUGACGGUUCCGUUCUUCACCAACAAGGUUGUGCAGCAGAAUCGGGAAGGGUGGGAGUUCGAGGCGGCGGCCGUCGUGGAGGACGUGAAGAAGAAUCCUGAUUCCGCCACGAAAGGGAUCGUGUUGAGGAAGCGUUUGCAGCUGAUGAUGUACAACAAUAUGUUCCGCAUCAUGUUCGAUAGGAGGUUCGAUAGCGAGGACGAUCCUCUGUUCCUCAGGCUCAAGGCCUUGAACGGAGAGAGAAGCCGAUUGGCUCAGAGCUUCGAGUACAACUAUGGCGAUUUCAUCCCUAUCCUCAGGCCGUUCCUUAGAGGCUACUUGAAGAUCUGCCAGGAUGUGAAAGACCGAAGAAUCGCUUUAUUCAAGAAGUACUUUGUUGACGAGAGGAAACAAAUCGCGAGCUCUAAGCCUACAGGUAGCGAAGGGUUGAAAUGCGCCAUUGAUCAUAUCCUUGAAGCUGAGCAGAAAGGAGAAAUCAAUGAGGACAACGUUCUUUACAUCGUCGAGAACAUCAACGUCGCUGCGAUUGAGACAACACUGUGGUCUAUCGAGUGGGGAAUUGCUGAACUAGUGAACCAUCCUGAAAUCCAGAAGAAGCUAAGGGACGAAAUCGACACGGUUCUUGGACCAGGCGUGCAAGUCACAGAGCCUGAGCUUCACAAGCUUCCGUACCUUCAAGCCGUGAUCAAGGAGACGCUUCGUCUAAGAAUGGCUAUUCCUCUCCUCGUGCCUCACAUGAACCUCAACGACGCUAAGCUCGCCGGCUACGACAUUCCAGCGGAAAGCAAAAUCCUGGUCAAUGCCUGGUGGCUAGCAAACAACCCUAGCAGCUGGAAGAAGCCUGAAGAGUUUAGACCCGAGAGGUUCUUCGAAGAAGAAGCUCACGUUGAAGCGAACGGUAAUGACUUCAGGUAUGUGCCGUUUGGUGUUGGACGUAGAAGCUGUCCAGGGAUUAUAUUGGCGUUGCCCAUUUUGGGAAUCACCAUUGGUAGGCUGGUACAGAACUUCGAGCUUCUUCCUCCUCCAGGACAGUCUAAAGUGGAUACCUCUGAGAAAGGUGGACAAUUCAGCUUGCACAUCCUUAACCACUCAACAAUCGUUAUGAAACCAAGAGUCUUUUAAGAUUUUCUACAAAAACAAACAAAAAGUAAUUUCUGCAAAAAAAUGACUUUUGUUAUAUAUAUAUAUGGCAUUGUAAUGAUGUUUGUGAGAUCCGUUGAAUAUUCCCAUGUUUUGUCUUUUUUUGUAAGGUGUUUGUGUACUAAAAUGUCGUUUUAAAGUGGUUCGUUCCACGAUUGCAAUAACUUAGUGGUGCCCAUUGUUUUGAAUGGACAUUGGUGCUAAUAUCAUUUCAAAUCCUCAUGAUUGUUGUUGAACCAUAGUUAUUACUUGGAAAUUUUUGACUUCUAACUAACGUUCAUAAAAUCCUUUUCAAC